AUCGCUUAUUUUUAUGGCGCAGUUUUUGUACCAAAUAAAAUUUGUCUGGUCACACAAUUUGCUGAAUAUGGGAGUUUGCAAAACUUGAUGAACAACAACAAAAAAACACAAGAAAUAAACAUUAAAGUAAAAACAAAAAUAUGUCUUGAUUCAUCAAAGGGAAUUUCUUAUUUACACGAAAAUGGAAUUAUACAUAGAGAUAUUAAACCAGACAACAUCCUUGUGUUUACACUUGACCCAGCCACAAAUAUAAUAGCAAAAUUGACCGAUUUUGGAAGUGCAAGAAAUGUAAAUACAAUGAUAACAGAUAUGACAUUCACAAAGGGAAUUGGAACACCCGUGUAUAUGGCACCUGAAGUGUUAAAACAAGAAAAAUACACAAAAAGUGCCGAUGUGUAUUCCUUUUCCAUAACAAUGUACGAAUGUUUUGGAUGGAGCGAGGCUUAUAAUACCAAAAGAUUUCAUUUUUCGUGGAAUAUUGCAGAAUUUGUGGUUAGUGGAAACCGUCUUGAACGACGAGAAGAAAUCCCAGAAGAGAUAUAUGAAAUGAUCCAAAUGUGUUGGAAUCAAAACCCAAGAGAUCGUUGUACCAUUCAGAGUGUUAUUUAUUGUCUUCAAAUAUAUUUCGAGACACAUUAA